UUGAACUGUUCACUUCUUUCAUUAAGUUAUCUAUAGUUUUUUUUUAUUACUUACCAUUUUUCUGUUUUGGCUAAGCAAAUUAAUUAAUAAAAAAUUCGAAUCCUAAGUAAAUUUCUAUUGUAAUCAGUGAGUUGUAUCCGAAAACAGAGACUAAAGAAGAAGUGCAAUAAUUAUUUAAAAAGGUGUUAUAGAUAACUUGAAAAGAAAGUUACAUGUUUGAUUGUGGAUUAAAAUGCAUAGUUUUGGUUUGAUUAUUCAUCAUUACUGAUAAUUUCAUUACAACUUGUGGCCAGCAAUAGUCAGGAGUGUUGAUGUGUUGUUGCAUAAAUAAAUGAUCGUGAAAGUUUGCUUUUAGAUGAAGAAGACUGUAUAGUGUGGAUGUAAAUUAAAGCGAAUAAAUAAUUUUUUUUGGAAGACUAUUAUUUUAAAUUAAAAAAAAAAUUAAAUAGAGGACGGACGACAAAAAAAGACAACAAAUCUCUCAUUACUUUAGUCAUUACGUACAGUAUAAUUGAGUGACUGAGUACAUUAAAAUUCCGUUGAUGGUUAAAUCAUCCGGCAACAGUGGAAAGAAGAAAAUGGCAGGAACGGGUGAACUUAUGAUUCAAUUAUUUUCGUGCUGCAUCCAGCAACAAAGUCCCACACGACGAACUCAUCAUCGCCAGAGAAUACGAAUAGACAGGUCUAUGAUAGGAAAUCCAACGAAUUUUGUGCACACGGGGCAUAUUGGUUCGAAUGAUGCUGCGUUAUCAACACGCCACUUAGACAUUAUUCAUAGUCAGAUGCAAAGUAAAGGUGGCUACGAUGCAAAUUCAUUGAGAAUUCAAGCCUGUUGAUUAAUACAUUCAUAUUCAGAUGACGAAUAACGAUAUUUCUCGUGAAUCUCAUGUCUAUAAUCAGAAGCAUUUCACUAUUCAUAGAUUUGUAAGAGUGAACUGGCCUAACAUGUUGGAACUUCUUCGUUCAUAGAAAUUAAUUUAAGGAGAAUUAAUUGAUAGCAAUCAAAAUAAUGUAACUUCCAAUCUACAUAUUGUGACCCUUUAUCAUUAUUUAUA